CGAAAGCUGAAGGCAACUGAUGACCACCCACCCUUAGCCAUUAUUGUCUAGCGAAGAGCAGAUGAUGAUGAGGACCUGGAAAUGCACUUCUUCUCCUUGUUCUGCUUUGCAGUUGCGUCUCCUUCUACUUGGAUUGAUGAUGCCUUGGAUUUGUUCAAUCACAUGCUUCGCACCCGUCCCCGCCCUUCUAUUUCUGAAUUUACCCCAUUAGUUAGUGCCAUUGCUAGAAUGAAGCAUUAUGAAACUGCUAUUUCUCUGUUUGGACAAAUGGAAUUAAUUGGAAUCAGACAUAAUGUUUAUAGUUUCAGCAUCUUGCUUAAUUGUUUUUGUCGCUUGCAUCGAACGGAUUUUGGGUUUUCGCUUCUGGGAAAAAUGUUGAAGCUGGGAAUUCAACCAACUACCGUUACAUUUACCACCCUCGCCAAUGGGUUGUGUAUUGAAGGUAAAAUAGCUGAAGCAGUGGUGUUCUUUGAUGAGAUUGUCAGGAAUGGUUACCAAACUAAUUUGAUUACUUAUGGUACGAUAGUAAAUGGUCUUUGUAAAGCAGGAUACACUAGUGCGGCUAUUAGAUUGCUAAGGAAGAUGGAAAAAAAUAGCUUCCUAAUUGGCAUUGUGAUAUACAGCACGAUCAUUGAUAGUCUUUGUAAGGACAAGCUUGUAUCUGAGGCUUUAAACCUUUUCGCUGAGAUGAAAGGUAAAGGCAUUCUGCCAAAUGUUGUGACUUAUAGUUCCUUAAUUCAUGCUAUGUGUAAUUCAGGUCAGUGGAAGGAAGCUAAAAGCUUAUUGACUGAAAUGGUUGCUAGCAAUUGCAAAUUAGAUAUUGUCUCUUAUACUAUAUUGGUUGAUGCAUUUUGUAAAGAAGGGAGGGUUUCAGAGGCUCAUGACAUUGUUGAAGGAAUGAUUCAACAAGCUGUUGACCCUGAUACUAUUACAUAUAAUACAUUGAUGGAUGGAUAUUGCUUGCAAGGCAAAAUGGAUGAGGCUAGAAAAGUUUUUAAUUUGAUGAUUACUAAGGGUUGUGUACCUGAUGUUUAUGGUUACAACAUCUUGAUCAAUGGAUGUUGUAAAGUUCAAAAUAUAGAUGAGGCCAUGGCUCUCUUUCAGGAAAUGUCUCAAAAUGGAUUAGUCCAUGACACUGUUACGUACAAUGCUCUUAUAAAUGGCAUGUGCCAACUAGGGAGACUUUCAGCUGCACGACAACAUUUUGAAGAAAUGAGUGUUUGUGGCCUAGUUCCAGAUGCAAUCACUUACUCUACUUUGUUACAUGGCUUAUGCAAGCACGGUCAUGUUGAUGAGGCAUUCGACAUUUUUCAUGUUAUCCAGAAAAAUGGGAUAGAACCUUACUUAGUCCACUAUAAUAUCUUAAUUGAUGGCUUAUUUCAAGUUGGGCAACCUAAUGUUGCAAGGCAAUUGUUUUGUGCACUGCCAGUCAAAGGGUUACGCCCUGAUGUUUACUCUUGUAGUAUCAUGAUCAAAGGACUUUGUAAAGAAGGGUUACCAAAUGAAGCAUAUGAAUUAUUUAAGAAAAUGGAACUGAAUGGCUGCUUGCAAAAUAGUUGUUCUUACAAUGUAAUGAUCAAAGGAUUUUUUCAAAACAACGAUGUGUCAAGGGCAAUGCAAAUUUUACAUGAGAUGGUUGAUAAAGGAUUUUCUGCAGAUUCUUCAACAGCGACAAUGCUACUGGAUCUAUUAUGUAGAGACGGAGGAGAUCAAUCUAUUUUUGAGCUGCUUCGUAGAAACUGCGAAGAUGAUCAAAAUGUCAGCAUGAAAUGACCUGAUAUCCGUCAACCUUUGUUUGUUAAAUUCUAUUCUAAAAAUUUUUGUAUGCUGCAAAGAAUUCAAGUAACCAUAAUUAAGUUUUGUCAUUUGUUUUGGUGUUGUUACCAGGUUGUGGUGGUUUGCAAUUCCCAUUUGCAGAAAAUAGAAAGAGUGGCCCUUUUAUGCCUAGUGCUAAUUGUUACAUGGUCUUUAAAUUAUUUCAGAUGCCGUGAACAAUGGUAGAUUUCGUAUGAGGUCAUUUCCAAUAUUUGUUGUGAAAAAUUCAAAUGAAAAAUUAUCUUGUGUCUCCUUUUCUGAUAAUAGUCCAAACUUAUGUCAGGAGCACACUGGUGCAGGUUCUCACAUGUAUUGUAGAUCAAUAAAAUUCUAAUCACAUCAAAAAUAUCCCAUGACUUCCAUCAACCAUAUUGAUUCCUUUGUCACAUUUUUAGCUGAAGUCUAUUAUCAGAUACAUAAGCUUUAUUUGUAUAAUUCUGCAAUCAGAUGUAAUAGGAUUUUAUUCCUUUGGCAUGUCAGGAAUUCCAUGGAUUAUAAUGUCAGAGGCUAGUCAACAACUUCUGUCUUGAUUUCUUCAUUCAUUUAAUGUAUAGCUAAUAGAUGG